CUGCGUGUGACGCCCCGCCCGUCUGCUCGCCCAGGUGAUGAUGUUCGGCAACACGUUUGUGGCCGAGGAGCUCCUGAAGCAGGGCGCCAGCCCCAACAUCCAGGACGAGGCUGGCCGGGCGCCCGUCCACGACGCCGCCCGCACCGGCUUCCUGGACACCCUGCGCGUGCUGGUGGAGCACGGGGCCGACGUCAAUGUGCCCGAUGGGGCGGGGGCACUGCCCAUCCACGUGGCCAUCCGGGAGGGGCACACGGAGGUGGUGCGGUACCUGGCGCCCGAGUCCAACCUGCGGCACCGCGACGCCGAGGGGCGCACCCCACUGGAGCUUGCCCGUCACCUGGGCCUGUCGCACCUCCAGGCCAUCCUGGAGCAGCACCUGUCUGCCCCCGCGUAACACCUUCCUGGGCAGGAGGUGGGUGGCACCACUCUGGGGUGGGGGUGGCUGGCUCCUCCUGGGACAUCCCCAAUCCCUCCGUUGCACCCGCCCCAAAGGGACGUGCCUGCCCCUUCCCGUCCUAAUUCCCCCCGCCCGUGUAAAGGCAGCUCCCCGCCCCCCACCUACCUCAGAGUUCGUCUUUAACUUUCACUGUUGUUUCUAUUUAUAUUUUUUGUGGGUGCUUUUCUCCCCUCCUAGGAUGUUCCCAAGUGGGGGGGGUUUCUCCUCACCCUGUCCUCUUUGCCUCCCCGCUCCCUCUCGGGUUGCUGACCUGUGUGUGUGUGUGUGCGGGGGGGGAAUGCCUGGUUUUGCUGCCCAUGAUUCGAACUUGGAUCCCUGGGUGGCUUGCUAACCUUGCACCCGGGAGGAGUACCUGCCACCCCGCAAAGCCUGUCUGCGGUGCGGGGAGGGCACGGCGACACAAUGGUGCUGCCGUUGCAAAGCCAGACCUUCCCUGCCACCUGCAAAGCGGGGGGGUGGGGGUGGGGUUGUGUGAUUCCCCAGGAGAGAGCUCCAUGCACAGUGCUCUCUGGUCUCCCCCCACCCCCGUAUCUGCCGUUCCCCCCCCUCCCCUGUACAGUGUUAUUUUGUGAGUGUCCGUUUUGCAUUGAAUCCAGCCGGGUGGGGCGGGGGGCACUGGGAACUGUGGCAUGCAAAGGAUUAAUGGGGCCAAGCUGAUGAGGGGGGGCAGGAGGUUAGAACCCAGCACAGAGGGGGCCUGCUCCGGUCUCAGCGCAGCGCUGGAUUUGAGUCGGCGCUAUGGGGCAAAUACCUAUGUCUAGGGCCGGCCAGCAGUUGGGAUCCCCCAUGGCAAUGCAUGGGGCUACUAUUAAAGAGGGCGUCCCAUGGGCAAGAGCCUCACGUUGCCCCUGGAGGUUCCACACCCACUCCCAGCUCUGUGCCUCCUGCCCCUCUUCAGUCCAGGCUGCCCUAGAGACUACACAUCCCAGCAUGCAAUGCGGCUCAGGCUGGGUUCUGUGGUCUCGCCAAGCCACGCUCCAGCCACGUUUUGGGGGAUGGUGGCUGGUGUUUUCUCCCGGGGACAGGCGAGCCGCGUCCCUCCCCCCCGAGCGCCCGUGUGUUUGAAAGAGAAUUGUCUUUGCGUUGAAAACGUUUGAGCUUGAUUCUUCCGGCAGCAGCCUCUUCCCCGGAUGAAUUGGUGGAUCUGUGCUGUGUACAUAGUGUUUUUUUUUUAAAACAGAGAAAAGAUUAAACCAGAUUCUAUUUAUUGUGCUUUGGAGGAAAUGUUGGGGGAUAAUUUAAUGUUUUUAACCAUUAAAUUAAUAUUUGUGGAUUAUGAA